GAAAGAGAGAGCGAGCGAGAGGAUCUCCGGCGGCUCCCGGAGUUUUAAAGCGGAAUAAGUCGAGAUUGAUUUCAUUAAACAGAGAGACGACUCUAUUCUCCCCCUUUCAGUAGAUGCGUGGAGAAUUUCUUAGAUAAAAAAAAAGAACAUUCGCUGUGUUAUUGUCUGGUAUCGUUGAGUCCGCUUGGAUCUUAUCUGUGGACGCCCAACUUGUAGGCAGGAUGGCUGUGGUUUUCUCUGGGAUCGUAGUAUUGCUGUCUAUUGGCCAGACCUUUUCCACCGGUGUCUUCGAACUGAAAGUUGAUGCAUUCACGACCCGGCCGCCGGGCUUGGCUCGCGGUUGUCAGAGGGCACAGCAGUGCGGUCGCUUCUUCCGGGUCUGCCUGAAACAUUACCAAGUUAACAUCUCCCCCGAUCCGCCCUGCACCUACGGGGCAGGGCACACUCCAGUACUGGGGCCAGGAGGCGACGUGGUGCGGGAUAGCGAACCCAUUCGCAUUCCUUUCUACUUCACUUGGCCGGGGACUUUCUCUCUAAUUAUUGAGGCUUGGAACGCGGAAUCGGACGAGCCCAACACCGAUGAUCCCCAGAAUCUGAUCAGCCGCCUCGCCACGGGCCGGCGCCUGGCCAUCGGCGAGGACUGGUCCCAGGACGUGCAGACAGUGGGUCAGAGCGAGCUGCGCUACAGCUACCAUGUGGUGUGCGAUGACCAUUACUACGGCGAGGGCUGCUCCACGUACUGCCGCCCCAGAGACGACACGUUCGGUCACUACACCUGCGACGAGCUCGGGCAGAGAGUCUGCCUGGCCGGCUGGAAAGGCGAUUAUUGCUCAGAACCGAUUUGCCUGCUGGGUUGCAACGACAAAUACGGAUACUGCGAGAGACCCGGAGAAUGCACAUGCCGUAUCGGAUGGCAGGGGCAGUUCUGUGACCAGUGUAUCCGUUACCCGGGCUGCUUCCAUGGCACGUGCCAGGAGCCUUGGCAGUGCCAUUGCCAGGAGGGCUGGGGCGGCCUCUUCUGCAACCAGGACCUGAACUACUGCACCAACCACAGGCCCUGCAAGCACGGCGCUACCUGCACCAACACCGGACAAGGGAGUUACACCUGUACCUGCAGGCCGGGCUUCAGCGGCACCAGCUGCGAGGUCAAGAACAACGAGUGCGACAGCAACCCCUGCAAAAACGGCGGCAGCUGCACGGAUCUGGAGGACAAUUAUACAUGCACGUGCCCCCAAGGAUUCUACGGCAAGAACUGUGAGAUCAGCGCAAUGACCUGCGCUGACGCGCCCUGCUUUAAUGGGGGGUCCUGCACUGAGGAACAACACAGAGGUUAUAGCUGCCAAUGCCCUGCUGGGUUCACUGGCUCCAACUGCGAGAAGAAGAUUGGCCGCUGCACCGACAACCCCUGCGUAAACGGAGUCUGCUACGUUUUCGGUCAGAGCUACAUCUGCCGUUGCCGGGCUGGAUUCAUCGGCACCAACUGCGAGAUCAACAAGGACGACUGCGCCAAGAAUCCGUGUGCGAAUGGCGGCACUUGCAUCGACGGGAUCAAUUCCUACAACUGCAGCUGCACCCUGGGCUACGCUGGGACCGACUGCACCAUUCGCAAGGACUCCUGCGUCAGCAGCCCUUGCAGGAACAACGGUAUUUGCUACACUCACUACACCGGCCACAUCUGCAAAUGCCCGGUCGGAUUUAUGGGGCCGAACUGCGAGUUCCACGUGACACCCACCACCCCCACUGGUACGGGCAGCCCCUUCCCCAUUGCCCUCGUCACCUCUUUUGCCUUGGGCUUUGUGACUCUGACACUGGUUGUGUUUGCCGCCGUGGUGAUUCUGAAGCACUGGCAGAGAAACCGGAGUGACCGGAGAGCUGUGCGGAAUGACCUGGAGACGAUCAACAACCUGUCCGAUUAUCAGAAGGAGAAGGAAGCCUUCAUUAUCUCCACAGGACAGUUCAAAGUUUCCAACAAGGACGCUGCGCUGAGCACGGAUUGUCUGACUGAUAAAUUUAACUGUAAACAGAAACUUCACGCACUGGAUUAUAAUCUAUCUGGUGACCUGAAGGAGGACCAGCCUUUGAAAAAGAAUAUUGAGAAUAUGAAAUCUGAAUGUCUGUCAAUUUCCAAGCCACUGGGCUUGUUUCAGAAGGAGGGAUUGUACCAUGCAAAGUACAUCAUUCCGGAGAGGGUUGAGCCGUGCAUAUUUGCGACUGAGGUAUGAAUCUGGUCUCCCCAAAUUUUGAUGCUCAAACUACUCCAUUGUCUGAAUGUUUACAGAUUUAUUGGACUCGAUGGGGGUUUUGUAUUCCUGUAUUUAAUAUUUAUUCCUGCUGCUUGUGUUUGGAAUGGAGACCCUCUUUAUAGUUUAAGAUCGUUUUCGAAUCUGGCUUCUGGAUAAUGAAGAUUGCCUGCUGACACCUCUUUUGGAAACUGAGAAACAUUUGCACUAUUUUCAAGGGCAAAGUCACGCCUAACAAAAAAAACCUGCAUCCCACGGACUGAGAAAAGAGAAGAAAAAGGAGGAAAAUAAAAGGCAGGACCUUUUGUACUUAUUGUGGCCACGCAUUCUCAACUUGAUCUCUCCAUGUUUUUGACUUCCUCGUGCAGGAAGCUGCUCUUUCAUAUGGCACACACAAUCUCGGGGGGGGCUGUUGCUUUACAGAAGAUGGCCCUUCUCAUAUGGCGGGCGGGAUCAGAGGAUCGCAAGAACAUCAGAAUGAGGAACAAGUCUGCGUUGCAGACGAUAAAAGUUCAGUGAACUGAGUUCAGGGCAGGCAUCUAUUCAGAGUUCAGCAAAGACCAUUCGCGAAUUCAGAAUCGGGUUUAAUAUCACCGGCAAAGGUUGCGAAAUUUGUUUUACGGCAGCAAUACAUAAUAAUAAAAACUAUAAACUACAGUAAGUAUAUAUAAAAAGCUAAAUUAAAUUAAAUGAGAGUGCAAAAUGAGAGGGAAACUCUUUCCACUGCUGAUCCCUUGAUGAGGACUGCUGUGUGUUCCCUCCACUUCCCCUUCCUGAAGUCCUCAAUCAAUUCCUUGGUCUUUCUGAUGUUGAGGGCAAGGUUGUGGCUGAAAACACCACUCAACCAGCUGAUCUGCCUUGCUCCUGUACGCCUCCUCGUCAUCCAUGAUUUAAGACACCAGUCCAUCAACCUCCUGUCUCCUGGUGGAUUCUCUUAUUCUAUAUAUAGUCAAAUAUGGAAAUAUGCUGUGUAUAUGUCUUUAUCAUGAAGGACUUCCUUUUUUAAUGACAAAGCAUAGAAAAUUAUUGCAUUUCUGUUUCAAAGUCAAGCCAAUGUUAUUUUAAUAUUUUAUAAUUUAAGAAUUUUUGAUAUGCAUACAAAAUGAAAUAUACUUUUUCUAAUUUUAUUU